UUUUGAUGAUACGCCACUGCUAUUGUGAGUGCAGGACUUUGAUGACAUGGAUAAGUGCUUGAAGGAUAUAGAAGAUGAAACUGCUACUCUUAAAGACAUGCAAGCCAAGGUCGAGAAGGAGAAGGAAUCUGUUCACGAUCUCGGAACUGCAUCUGCUAGUCUGGUCAACAGAGAGGAGAUAGAUUCUCGUUCAGUCUUCGUAGGCAAUGUGAGCUCUCUCAUUCCUUCUUUACUGGAGAAAUUUUUAUGUUGUUUGGCUGUCUUCUCCUCACCACUCAUGAUAUGGACUGAAUAUAUUAUUGUCUUAACUUCUUUCGAAGAUAUCAACAUCAUAACUUUUGUCUAAUUCAUUUGGUUAUGAGCCAAUGUGUAUUGGAGGAUAAAUACAUUGGACUUUUCACAUUUUAUCCUGGGAAGUUCAAAUCUUUCGUUGCUGUUGAAUAUGCUUGUUCUGCUUUACAUUUGGAUUGUGUUUCCAUUUGGUGGCAUCUUGCUUUGACAUGAUGUUUUGACUACAAUCACAGGUUAUGCUUCCAUCUACGAGUUUUCUGUUAUUGUAAUACUGCCGUUGAAAGUAUAGGAUAACAUAUGGCUGGAGGAGGAAAAAAAUUUUCAUUAAGAACUUGAAAUUAACUGAGUGAAAAAAUAAAAUAUAAAAUGCAAAAAAAAAACCUUAGAGGGAUAGAAGAGAGGGUAACAUUAGUUAAGGGAAGUGAUCUUUGAGGUUUUGUGAAUUUUCAUAUUUUGAGAGAAUGAGGGAAAAGAAAAAAUGAACCAAGAAAAUAAGAAAAGGAAAAAAAAUCAAUUUGUUAUAUUUAAGGAUAAAAAAGAUAACCCUUUAGGUAGAGGUUUUAAUUGGCACACUGCCAACUUUUUGCGUUG